AUGAUCUCGUGUGCUGAGCGGCGAAGCCGGCAGGGAGAGGCCGGCAGAGGCCUGGCUCCGGUGGCUCCAGCUUCCCUCCUGCUCUGGCUCCCCUGGGGCUGCUCUGGAAUUCUCGUGCCAGCAGUUGCCAUGCACUCAGCUGGGCCUCACAGAACGGAGUCCCCAAUGAGCAGGCAGGAGGAGAAGGAUGCAGAGCUGGAUCGGAGGAUAGUUGCCCUGCGUAAGAAGAACCAGGCCUUGCUACGCAGGUACCAGGAGAUCCAGGAAGAUCGUCGGCAGGCAGAGCAGGGGGGCAUGGCUGUGACCACACCAGGGCUCCUCCGACCUGAUGGCCUCACUGUCACUAUCAGCCAGGUUCCUGGUGAGAAGCGGGUGGUCAGCAGGAACUGGGUAAGGAGUACCGUUGGACCCCAAGAGGCCAAUGAGAUGCUUGAGCAUGAGGAUGCAGAGGACUGCAAGGGCAUGUUCUGCCUGGGGCAGCGGGUGGAGCUGGCUGUGACCAUGGAAAACAAAGCUGAGGCCAAACGAAUUGUAAGUGAAAAGCCCAGCAAAGCAAGGAACCAGGGUGCAGAUGGGUCACGUGGACGGCAUGAGAGUAGGAGCCUUCCCACGCCACCAGCCAUCAGCUCGGAUUCUGCAUGGAAGGGUGCACGGGAGCCCUGGAGUCUAGGUGUGGUCCCAGGCCCAGUCCCCCAACAGCCAGUGGGGGAGCCCCCAGGGGUGGGCUGGGACUAUGCCCAGUGGAAGCAGGAGCGGGAGCAGAUCGACUUGGCCCGCCUCGCCCGGCACAGAGAUGCACAGGGUGACUGGCGCCGCCCGUGGGACCUGGACAAGGCCAAACCCACGCUCCACAACGGCAGCAAGCCUGGGGAAGUGGGCCCAGCCAGGGUGGGCAGCAGAAAGGGUCCUAGGAGCCAGAGGAAGCUACAGCCCUCACCAUUGCCCACUGAUGGAAAAGGCCGAGGUGGGCAAUCUGGGAGACCCUCGGUGCCAUCUACCACAGGCAGCAAAGCCCGAGGGAAGGAGAGGCUGACUGGCAGGGCCCGAAGGUGGGACAUGAAGGAAGACAAGGAGGAGCUGGACAGUCAGGAGGGAAGCCAAAGGACUGGCAAGACCUCCAGUGAGGAGGAAUGUGCACAGAAGCAGAGCGGGGUAGAGCUGGGCAGACCCGGGAGCACCCCAGGAACCAGCCCAGUUCUGGCACCCCCAGAAGGGUCCAAAGGAGAGUCAGGCACUCCUACAGCCAGCUCUGCCCCUGGCUCUCCACAGGAGACUGAUGUGACUCCCCUUGACCUCUCCCUAGGAAAGGCCAGAAGCCCUGGACCUGCAGAGAGCACAGAGAGCACGUCUGUGCUCACUCCUAGGCCUGUGUCCCAGCCAGAUGGUUCCCAGCAAUCCCUGGAGUGCAACGACCAUCAGGCUGCGCUGCAAGUCCAGACUGGCUCUGAGCCACACAGAGGAACAGGGACCCUAGAGCCCAGAGAAGAUAGGCCUGGCAGGGCUGGGGCCCAGCGGGGCCUAGAACAGAGAAGCAGGGCCCCUAGAGGAACCAGCCAAAGGGCAAGAGGCACAGGAGGUGUGAGGAGAACAGGUGGUCCUGGCCCUGCAGGAAAAUACUGAGCAAAGCCCCUGGGGACUGGGGACCCAAGUGGGGAGAGGAAAGGGGAAGAACUCACUCAAGUCUUCUAUGUGAUGGGUACCUGCUUGCUGGUGGGUUAUGCCAAUUGGACUGAGCAGUGUGGCAAACUCCACCAAGGCGACUUUGUGAGGGCCAGGAGGCUUCCUCCUACACCUCACCUGACCACCCCUGUGCACAUGUGUUUUCAUGUGCAGGUAUAGCCCUGGUGUGUUCCCAUGCUGGCACCUGGUGUCUGAGGC